CAGAGCAGACCUGAGUCAGAGGGCUCUCAGACACCCAAGCCCCAGAUAGCCUAGCUGCUGCUACUCUUUCCAGGAGGCUAUCCUAGAUUCUGGGCACAGUGACUGCAGGAGGGAACAUGGAGAAGCUGUCACUGUAUUUCCUGGUCAUCAUUAGCCUCCCUAGUGCUUUUUCCCAGACAGACAUGCGCAAAAAGGCCUUUGUGUUUCCCGUAGCGUCGGAAAAUUCCUUUGUGAGGCUGACUGCGCACAUAACUAAGCCGCUCACGGCCUUCACCGUGUGCCUGGGUGCCUACACCGACCUGACCCGAGACUAUAGCCUCUUCUCUUUUGCCACAAAGAAAGAAAGUAAUGAGAUCCUCCUCUUCAGGGGAAAGACUGGCACGUACAGUGUAUCGGUGGGUGGAGCUGACGUUUAUUUCAGGCCUCCUGAGCGUUUUCCUGCACCAACGCACUUCUGUAUGACCUGGGAGUCCACCACGGGGAUUACAGAGCUGUGGGUGGAUGGGAAGCCCAUGGUGAGGAGGAGUCUGAAGAGGGGAUACUCUUUGGGAACAGAGGCAAGCAUCAUCCUGGGACAGGAGCAGGACUCAUUUGGUGGGAGCUUUGAGGAAAACCAGUCUUUCGUUGGAGACAUUGGCGAUGUGAACAUGUGGGACUAUGUGUUGUCACCAGAAGAGAUUAGCUCUGCCUAUUCUGGUGGGACCCUCCAGCCUAACGUCCUUAACUGGCGGGAGCUGGAGUAUAACACACAUGGUGACGUGUUCGUCAAACACCAGCUAUGGUCCUGAGGCCCUUUUGUGAAUCCUGAAGUUGUCUUCUGGGGAUUACACCUUACAUUUCUCUUGUCUCUGGCUCUGGUGUUUUACCUACCGCCCUGCAAACUGGGCUCUUGUGCCCUGGGGGGAGUGUAUUUCCUGCUGCUUUCACCACUUUUUUUCCAUCAGUAGAGGGUCUUACACAUCUCCACAUUAGAAUUACCAGGCCACACCCCAAGCCAAUUAAAUAUGUUUUCAGCAGA